GCAUUAUCUUCUUCAAUUUGCUAGCAGCCUCUGAGACCCCUCUUUGUUCUUGAAGGAACCAUGAACAGGCCAGGAGAUUGGAACUGCAGGUCAUGCCAACACCUGAACUUUCAGAGGAGAGACUCAUGCCAGCGAUGUGGAGAGCCAAGACCUGGAGAGAGAGGCGACUAUGGAAGUUUUGGUGGAAGGGGAAGUUCAUCGUUCGGAUUUUCAGGCCCUGAUGUGAGGCCCGGUGACUGGUACUGCGCUGUCGGGAACUGCGGAGCCCAUAACUUUGCAAGCCGCUCAAGCUGCUUCAAGUGCGGUGCAUUCAAGGAAGAAGCAUCUAGCGGAUUUGAUUCCGACAUGCCUCGAGGAAGAGGUUUCGGGUUCGGCAGUGGAAGCAGUGGCAGUCGCUCUAACUGGAAAUCCGGUGACUGGAUUUGCACCAGGUCAGGGUGCAACGAACACAACUUUGCAAGCAGGAUGGAAUGUUUCAGAUGCAAUGCGCCAAGAGACACUGGUAGCAAGUCUUCAUAUUAAAUCAUCACAGAUUCUCCAUUUUUGGGUACUGCAGUCUAAGAGAGAAUCAAGGGCGAAGAUGAUUUCAUAUUCCAAGUUGAUGCUUUUGGCCACUAUCCCUAUCUACUUAAUUUCUUCUUCUUUGUUUUCUUUUUCUUUUUCUUUUUCCUAUUUUCUUCUUCUAUGGUAGUUAGGGAGCUUUAGAUUAAUUAUGUUUGCAGACCCUUGUUCAAGUAUAGCUGAAUCCUUCGUUUUGUGAGGUUUCUUUAUUUUAAAUAUAUCCAUGUAGUUCUGUUGGUUUCAAUCUGAUAUCAGUGUGUGUUGAGAAUUUCAAGCAUUAUUAUUUGGUGCAAAGUGUUCUACAUGAGGCUCAUCUGUUUUUUUUUCCAAG